AAGGCAUAUGGAACCAGUUAUCUGAACGGUUGAAACCCCAGAUCCCUCAGGAGAGAAAAGAAAAGCCAAGGCAAACUCCAUAAGCAGGCUGCCUGUGGACAUACCCACUGCAACCACUGCGUGCUACUGUGCCCCUCCCAGAACACUAGUCUUCCUGGGUCUACAUCCAGCAGCUGCUCACUUUCUAGACUCUGCUCUGACCCCAGCUAGCAUGGUUGAGCCCUCGGUGCUCACCUGGGACAGGGCAGGGCAGGGCAGGGGUCUUGGAACAGGCUGGAUUCAGUAUCUUGGCUGUACGUCCUGCUCUCCCCAGAAAUUCUCACCUGGGCCCCUUUUCUUAGAAACAGAGAAAAGAGCUCCACCUGGUUCACACCUGGGUCUGGGUAUCUGGGGUCAGUGGUGCUACAGCUUACAGAUUCAUUUGUGUCUCUGAUCCUCCAAAGCCCUGGAAAGUGGACAGAACAGACACUCUAAUCCCCUGUUGACAGGUGCAGAAACUGGGGCUCAGACAACAAAAGAGGCUCAGGCAGAGUCCCAGGCUGAGCAGUGGCAGGGCUGGGAGGAGAUUCAAAUUUGGGGAGUGGGGGAAGGUUAGGGCUGAAGGAAUGGUGGUGUCCCAGGCAGGCCCUUACCACUCUGCACCCCAGCCCCCUACGUUCCAUCACCUGUUCCCCAUCUGCCUGAGGCCCCUCCUCCUGGCCCUCAGGAGAGAACUCUUAAGCACCAGGAGAACCAGAGCCCAAGGAAUUGGCUGAGCAGUCAGUAGUAUCAGGUGUGGAGCCGGGAGCCCAUGAUGUGCACCUGCGUGGCCCUGUGUUUUUGUGGAGUGAUUUAGAGACACUUUGCGUCAGAGUCUAGGUGCUCCAGGUCCAUUUGUGUGAUUGUGUAUCUGAGACCAUGUGCAACUUCCCGGCUUUGUCUCCAUGUGUGUGGUAUGUGGUUUGGGUUGAUUUGAGGGUCCAACGGACAAUGUGUGGAAGGGGUAGGGCUGUCUCCCCAGCCCCUGGGAAGUACCGGGGAGGAGAGGGUGGGGAGGAGAGUGCCGAGGAGUAGAGGCUUCGAACUGGCCAGAUGACUUUGGGAACCUGGGAACAGGAGCCAGGAUUUGAGAGGAGAGGACAGGUGGACAGAGGAACGGGCUGGAGGCUGGACAGGCCAUCGGAUUCCGAUUCGGGGCUGUGACAUGAAGCUGCUACCCAGCUGGACAGUGGUGCUGCGGGGGAGGCCUUGGGGCAGGGCCUGGCCAUGGGCACAGCGACCCAGAAGUAGGUGGACCCUAAUGGGGUUGGGGCAGCGCAGAAGGGAGCAGAAUCAGGGCCCUCAGCCCCUGGGCUCUCCCCAGCCCCCAGGAGGGGAAGAUAGGCCGGGCCCAGGCCGGCUUCAGCGGCUGUGUGGCAGUCACGCAGGGCCCGGUGCUUAGAAAGGCCCCACAAAUCAGUUUAAUGCUCUGCUGUUGCUGUUUUUAAAUUUAUAAUACUUUUGCAACAGGGGCACCAGAUUUUCAUUUUGCACUGGGUCCCACAGAUUAUGUAGCUGGUCCUGACUGGGAGGGGAAGGGAAGGAAUCCUUGUCCUGACACAGAGGACAGAAAAGACCGGGCUAGCCUCGGCAGCUCCUUCUCCGGAGGCCCAUCUGUUCUGCGCCUCAGGGACCCUGAGGGGCGAGUGGAGGUGGUGGGGAGGGCAGCCCUGUCUGACAUUUUAUGUAUAAUUAACAGCGUGGGCUCAGUAGUUCAGGCCAACCUGAAUUUUUGGAAUGGCUUUCUAAAACCUUGCUACCUGUGUGGCCUUGGUCAGAUCACAUCUCCUAAAUAUGUUUCCUCAGCUGUAAAAGAGGUUAAUGGCACCCAGCACCUGGGGUUAAACAUGACAAUACGUAGAUGUUGCUUGGCACACAGUUGUUCCUAAAUAACGAGGUGGGUUAUGAUGAUGAUAAUGAUUAACUUUUGAUUAAUAAGCAGGGAAAAGCCUCAUUCAGAGUGUACCAUAAUAUGUGCCCAUUUUCACUCCCUUUCCUCUCACCUCACCCAGGGCCUGGUAAACUUCCAAGGCCGUCUGCUCCUCACCCCCUCUCCGGCCCUCUCUCGGAAAAUACCUGUCCCGUGCCCAGGCUCAGGUGCGGGCAAGGAAGGGUGUGCUCGGGAGGUAAAUGUGUCAGAGGCUUGGGCGGCCUUUUCCACCGUGGCCGGAGUUAAUACAUUACCUGGGCCUGGGCCCUCCUUUCACAAUCAGUGUUGGAGAUCUGGUUACAGAUUUACUUUGAACAAUGUCGGCUAUGCGGAUUAAAGUCCUCCUUGGCCUUCGUAUAAGCAAUCCCUUCUUCUCCUCAGGAACUGCUCACACCUGUGCCCCAAAGAUGAGGGCCCAGGAGGACCCUGAGGGCCAGACACAGCAUGAGUCCCUGGGCUCAGCAGGGACCUCCACGAAGGACCCCCCGACGGCCCUGUGCACAGAGCCCAAGUCUGACAUGUUGUACAAGAUCGAGGAUGUGCCGCCCUGGUACCUGUGCGUCCUGCUGGGCUUCCAGCAUUACCUGACCUGCUUCAGUGGCACCAUCGCUGUGCCCUUCCUCCUGGCUGAGGCGCUGUGUGUGGGCCGUGACCAGUACAUGGUCAGCCAGCUCAUUGGUACCAUCUUCACCUGUGUGGGCAUCACCACCCUCAUCCAGACCACACUGGGCAUCCGGCUGCCACUGUUCCAGGCCAGCGCCUUUGCAUUUCUGGUCCCAGCCAAAGCCAUCCUGGCCCUGGAGAGAUGGAAAUGUCCUCCAGAAGAGGAGAUCUAUGGUAACUGGAGCCUGCCCCUGAAUACCUCUCAUAUUUGGCACCCACGGAUACGAGAGGUCCAGGGUGCAAUCAUGGUGUCCAGUAUGGUGGAGGUGGUGAUUGGGCUGAUGGGGCUGCCUGGGGCCCUGCUCAGUUACAUCGGGCCUCUUACAGUCACCCCCACUGUCUCCCUGAUUGGUCUCUCUGUCUUCCAAGCUGCUGGUGACCGAGCUGGCUCCCACUGGGGUAUCUCAGCUUGCUCCAUUCUCCUGAUUGUCCUCUUCUCCCAGUACCUGCGAAAUCUCACCUUCUUGCUGCCUGUCUACCGCUGGGGAAAGGGCCUCACUCUCUUCCGCAUCCAGAUCUUCAAGAUGUUUCCCAUCGUGCUAGCCAUCAUGACCGUGUGGCUGCUCUGCUAUAUACUGACCCUGACGGACGUGCUGCCCUCAGACCCCACAGCCUAUGGCUUCCAGGCACGAACAGAUGCCCGAGGGGACAUCGUGGCUAUUGCUCCCUGGAUCCGCAUCCCCUACCCCUGUCAGUGGGGGCUUCCCACAGUGACUGCGGCUGCUGUGCUGGGAAUGUUUAGUGCCACAUUAGCAGGCAUCAUUGAGUCUAUCGGAGAUUACUAUGCUUGUGCCCGCCUGGCUGGCGCACCACCCCCUCCAGUGCACGCUAUCAACAGGGGUAUCUUCACCGAAGGCAUCUGUUGCAUUAUCGCAGGGCUGCUGGGCACGGGCAACGGGUCCACCUCGUCCAGCCCCAACAUUGGUGUCCUGGGGAUUACCAAGCCCCACCCCUUGGCUCACUGGCAGGUGGGUAGCCGGCGCGUGGUGCAGUAUGGUGCGGGUAUCAUGCUGGUCCUGGGCACCAUUGGCAAAUUCACAGCCCUCUUCGCCUCGCUCCCUGACCCCAUCCUAGGGGGGAUGUUCUGCACCCUUUUUGGCAUGAUUACAGCUGUGGGGCUGUCUAACCUGCAGUUCGUGGACAUGAACUCCUCCCGCAACCUCUUCGUGCUUGGAUUUUCCAUGUUCUUCGGGCUCACGCUGCCCAAUUACCUGGACUCCAACCCGGAUGCCAUCAACACAGGCAUUCCUGAAGUGGACCAGAUUCUGACUGUGCUGCUGACUACGGAGAUGUUUGUGGGUGGGUGCCUCGCUUUCAUACUGGACAACACAGUCCCAGGAAGCCCAGAGGAACGAGGUCUGAUACAGUGGAAAGCUGGGGCCCAUGCCAACAGUGAGAUGUCUACCAGCCUGAAGAGCUAUGACUUUCCCAUCGGGAUGAGCAUGGUAAAAAGAAUUGCCUUUCUGAAAUACAUUCCUAUCUGCCCAGUCUUCAAAGGAUUUUCUUCAAAAGACCAGCUUCCAGUUCCAGAAGAUACCCCACAAAAUACAGAAACUGGGUCUGUGUGCACCAAGAUCUGAAAAACUGCGCCCAGGAAAGGUAGCAUGGUAUAUAAGAGGAAAAGAAAACUGCAUGGGGAGUCAGAAGACCUAAGUUGGAAUCCCAGCUCUGCUAACUAACUUCUUAUAUAGGCCUGGAUAAGUCACUCUCUGGGACUUCAUUUUUGCAUCAGUUAGGGGAAGACUGGGCCAAAGCCUCUAAGAGCGUGAGAGACUUGUACCACCAUUAUUUUGUAUUUCUAAAUCUUUACUUUCCUAAGCAGAUGUGUCAGCAUAUAAGGAAUGGCUGGAAAUUUUCCUCUACCACAUCUCUGAAUGCAAGUUGAUCAAGAAAAAAAGAAACCAGGACGAUUCCAGGGCCUGAAAUGGUAGGCAUGCUGGCAGGAUUUCAGAUUGAAUCUGAGCCCCCAAUAUCACUUACUUCAAGACCAAAGCAUAUUAAACAACAUGUUGGAGCAAUAAUUUAAGUUUCAUAAUUUAUAUACAACCAUUCCCUUCUCUCAAGGGAAAUAUAUCUAAACUUUAAAAGUCUGAGGUUUAAAUUUAAAAAGCAGUGUUCUUGAAUGUCCAAUCUUUUGGCAGCUACAAAAGAAUGAGAAGGAAUUAACCUCAAAUAGACUUGAGUCAAACAAACCAGUUUCUAGACAAUGAAAAGAUGCUGGGUCCAGUUAAAGUUAUACAUUAUGCCCAGCAAAGGGCUUCCCUCCGCAGAGCAACCAGGAUUAUUUGUGGAGUGCCUAAUGUGUAUCCAUAAGCAAGCAUAUCCCAACAGACUAUUCAGAUCAUGUAUCUGCUUAAUUGGGUUAGUGUCAUUUACUGCAACAAAAGCUAUACCACAAGUAAAUUUCAGUGUUCUCUAUACAGCCCUUUAGAAAAAUGGUUUCCAAAUGCCUGAUAGGGCGGGCUGGCGGUAUCCUCUGGGAGUGCUUUUAAAAAAUUAACAUGCCUAGAUGACUGAUUCUGCAGGUCUGGGAUGUUCCUGAGAAAAUUUUUGUAAUGCUUCAUAGGUAAUUAUGACGUACAGCCAGGUUAGGAAAUCACUGCACAGUGAACAGAAGACAACUGCAAAAAUUACUUCAGAGUCUAGGGGUAAAUUCCAGAGAACCAUCUUGUAGAAGCAACUAGACAGACUGUCCAUAUGGAAAGAAAAUUUAACAUUCUGACUUUAAAUUAUUUUAUCUUAAUUUUAGCAAACGAAUCAUUAGGUUUUACUCUAGUACUGAUGCUUAGUUAUCAAAAUUCGUGAAAAAACUUUUCACUACAAAUAAACUAUCAGCAAUGAGACACUGAGAAUAACUAAAAAUAUAAAAAGAUUUGUGUUCCUUUUCUGCCAAGAGCAUGUAAAAGUCCUUAUCAUAGUUCCAAAUGGAGUUGGGGUAACUCAAUGAAAAUCCUGGGUCAGGAAAAAAACCCUCAAAUUUUAUCUUUCAGAAAAAAUUUGUAAUUUCACCAAAUAUUUAAGACAAUUAAAGAGCAAAACCUCUCCAUCAAGCUACUUUUGCAUAGGCAAGUCACAUGAACAUCCUGUGUACUCCCUUUUGAAUUAAUGCUUUAAGACAUUUCCUAGGGCAACAUAGUUAUCAUUAUCUAAAAGCAGUGGCAAGAAGUCUGUUAGUAGUCUCAGGCUACCUCCAGAGUGUUGCCAGAAGUCACUCCUUAUCAUAAGUAAGACCAGGAGGCCUCUGCUUCCAUAGUAAGAAGCAGCAGAAUUUCUGAAGGGGAAGAGAUGUAGAACUCUUCUUAAACAGAUGGUUGCUAGCUUUUCCACUUAUGGGAGAGAUGAGCUAGGUUUUAAAAAGAUGAAAAAAUAACUCUUUACCACAAGAUCUUCCAGGGAAGAGCCAUCACUGAUAACAAGGUCAUUAAAUUGGUCUUGGAUUUGGUCCAUAGUUUGUGGGAGAUCUCGAGCUGGAAUAAACCACUCAUGUUCCUCUUCUUCUUCCAGCAUUUCUUGGAAACAGCGUUCAAUAAAUUCUUCUUCCCAUAA